ACUGAACUAGUGCUAAACCCUGCGCUGUAAAACUACAUGUGCCUGGCUCCCAAUGAUCUCCUAAUCUCUGGGAAUCGCCCGCCGUCCAGGAUUGAGGACGCCUCUGCACCCGAAGCUGACUGCGAUCAAGAUGGAGAGCGAAAAGAAGAGGAGAAAAUACUCCACGAGCAGCAACGACUCCGACACCACCGACAGUCAGGUGACGUCGUGGUCCAGGUCAUCCAAGAAUACAGGCACCAGCAGCACAUGGGUCCGCCUCCAGCACAAGAAGCCAUCAGAGGUGUUUCGUACCGACUUCAUCACGGCCAUGAAGCUGCCGGACUCGGCCCAGCUCGGCCCGGACGACUUCUAUGUGCUCUCGGACCCAUGGAGACAAGAGUGGGAGAAAGGGGUACAGGUCCCUGCCAGCCUGGAGGCCAUACCAGAGCCUGUGGUCAGGUCGCUGCCGGAGUCGACGGGCGGCCUGUGCAACAGCCGGCAGGAGAGCGGCCCGCAGCCUCCGCCCACCCAGCGCUACAGCUGCUAUGACCUGGACGACCUGGACGUCACCUGGCUGGAGCUGGUCAACCACGAGUUCAGACAGAUGGCACUGCCAGAGCUGGACGAGCUGACGAUGGAGUGUGUUCUGGUCGAGCUGGAGAGCGUGUGCGAGGAGAAGAUGCGGCAGGCCAUCGAGACGGAGGAAGGCCUGGGCAUCGAGUACGACGAGGACGUGGUGUGCGACGUCUGCCGCUCGCCAGAGGGAGAGGACGGCAACGAGAUGGUGUUCUGCGACAAGUGCAACGUCUGCGUCCAUCAGGCGUGUUACGGGAUCCUGAAGGUGCCCCAGGGGAACUGGCUGUGUCGGACCUGCGCUCUGGGCGUCCAGCCCAAAUGUCUGCUCUGCCCUAAGAGAGGGGGGGCCCUCAAGCCCACCCGCAGUGGAACCAAGUGGGUCCACGUCAGCUGUGCCUUAUGGAUCCCUGAGGUGAGUAUAGGCUGUCCGGAGAAGAUGGAGCCCAUUACCAAGGUGUCCCACAUCCCCGCCAGCCGCUGGGCUCUGUCCUGCAGCCUGUGUCGAGAGCACACAGGAACCUGCAUACAGUGCUCCAUGCCCUCCUGUAUCGUGGCCUUCCAUGUGACGUGCGCCUUCGACCACGGCCUGGAGAUGAGGACCAUCCUGGCAGAGAACGAUGAGGUGCGCUUCAAGUCCUUCUGCCUGGAGCACAGCUGCACCGCCAGCAACAGUAGUGCAGCCAUCAACAACGCCUCCAGUUUGACCAGUGUGAGCAACGGCAACCACACCGCUUCCACCACCAACGGAGCACUCAGUGCAUCCAGACCUGACUGGGCCACCACGGGCGUCGGUUCUGAGCUCCGGCCUGACCAGCAGCACCAGCCAAACAGCGGUGGUGACCCGGAGCAGAGGUCGAUAUUGUACCCGGUUUCGGUGUCGGCGUCUGAGCGAGCUGAGCGGGACCUGCUGGAGAGAGAGAAGGUGAGCCAGAGGAAGCAGAAGCUCCAGGAGCUUGAGGAUGAGUUUUACCGACUGGUGGACCCCAGGGAGGUGGCCGAGAACCUGGCGCUGCCCGUCUCACAGGUGGACUUCUUAUAUCAAUUCUGGAAGUUGAAGAGGAAGGCCAACUUUAAUCGACCCCUGGUGACCUUAAAGCGGGACGAGGUGGACAACCUGGCCCAGCAGGAGCAGGACGUCCUCUACAGACGCCUCAAACUCUUCACACACCUCCGACAAGACCUGGAGAGGGUGCGUAACCUGUGCUACAUGGUGACACGGAGGGAGAAGAUGAAACACACCCUGUGCGACCUCCAGGAGAAGAUCUUCGACCUGCAGAUUCAACUACUGGAAGAGGACAUUGCUGGAGAGAAAGCCCAGAAGGGAGAAAAGAGGAAGCAGAAUGGAGUGAAGGAGAAAGGGAAGGAGAGGAGGAAGAGUAGUCCUGAGAAGAAAAAGGAGAGAUUGAAGUCAGAGAACGGCUCCCUGCUAAAAGAGCUAGGUCUGUCAAAGUCCUUCCCAUUGGACAACUCUUUGUUCGACAGCUGGCUCGCCCAGUCGGUUCAGAUCACCGCCGAUGACAUGCUGAGCCAGUGGGCUCUGGGCGCCCAACAUCGGGACAAGAGCGGCAGCCUCCUCUCCGACCAGCUCCUGCAGGGCGAGGAGAGCCUGCUCAACCUGAUGAUGGAGAACUCAAUGCAGUCCACCUGGAAAACACCACAGCUGGGACGCAAACCGCGAGGCAGCAACAAGCCCCGCGCUCGUGGACACCCGCCGUCCGCCGCCCCCAACCAGCCCCAGACGCUCCUGUCUGCAGCGGCUGCCUCCGCCGCCUGCAGCCCCUCCACUGCAAAGAGCCUCUGGGCGAGCGCGGCGGAGGAAAAGCCCAGCCAUGUGGUCCGGAAAGGGGAAAGGUCCCGGAGCUCUUCCAAGGCCCUGCACCACCACCUUCAUCACCACCAGACCAGGAGCUCUGACCUGCACAGGGACCCUCCGCCGCAGCCACCCAUCUCCAAAAUGGAUUCCUGUCACAUCUCGGAGGACUCCGGCCGGUGGGACAACAUCCACACAGGGAACGGUGUUGCAUCAGGGGCCGGAUCUGGUUUCACUGCAAGCUCGUCUCCACCUCCCGCCUCCAGCCCCGGGAACACAGUGCCCGACACAGGGGCGAUCCUGCGUGGCGGGGCGCCGCGGCUCCGUCUGUCCCGCCAGGGUAAAUCCAGAGGUAGGAGCUACAGUGGAGGGCUGGAGUCUGUGGACCUCCCACUCACAGGAAAGGACACGUCCCUGCUGGACGCUGCCGAGACUGACGGGUACUUCUCUGACGGCGAGCAGAGUGAUACGGACACACGUUCUGGCGGACGCAAACUCCGCUUGCCGCAGUUGCAUUCUGGGAACGAGGACCUGCUGAGAAGGAGCGUGCUGGCAUCCUAAAGCACUGAGACUCCAACUAACACACACACACACACACACAAACACACAGUUAUCCAAGCAGAGUCCCACUGGCUAAUUGUUUCUCCAUCUGUGCCCAGUAUACAGUCUACAAAACACGGCUGUAUGGCUUUGUUCAACCAAAUCCCCGUCACAUUUACCCGUGGAAAAUCUCUUCAGCUCUUACCUGCUUUGUUUUUGGGGUGAAUUUGAAUGUAGCUGUUUGCCUGUCGUACAGUAAAGCUUCUCCACCGGACCGUAGUUUGUCGUCAGCUUACCACAAAAUGCGAUGCAUUCAACAAAUAGGAAACAAACAUUACCUGUAGUCUUUUUUUUGUUUGUUUUGGAUUUCAGAUUCAUUUUGUUUCUGGGCGUUGAAGUACUCAUUUCUGGCCUCAUGUCUGCGGUUUCUGCCAGACUUGGGAACAAACACUUCGGGGCAUUAUUAUGAUUAUUCAAGCUGGUUUCAGGGUCUGCUUCGUUCUUGGUCUUCAUGGCCGGAGAUGCAUCCAAUGAGUCCUUGUUUUCUUAAGUAUGUUCAGUGGAAAGACAAUUUCACACCAGAGCUGGUCUGAAUAUGUACAGAUGGUGACAUGGGACAACAUGUAUUCAGCCUUGAAAAGCACAACUAGCUAGUCGUAAGAGCUGUAAUGUAAGCACUCGUGUGUAUAAUAGAAGCUCACUCGGGGUUGGGGUCAGCUCUCAUCAUGUCGAUUCCUGUACACUAAAAUCCGUCAUUCUCAAAUUUAUCUUGAGGCUGAAAAGUUUCCAGCUUUUGAAUCGCAGAUUGACUGACCCCAGCCCUGGUGCUCAUUCAGAUUGUCACACAGAGACACAAACACACAGACAUACUGACACACAUACUACUAUAAGCAAAUCCCUUUGCUCACAUCGCAGCCGUUGAAAUAUUUGAAAUAUUUGAUCUGACUUUUGUCAGCUGCUUUCAAAUUCUUCCUAAUUAUCAGUUUUGUUUUGUUUUUUUAGCCUGAAUCUUUGGAGAAAAAUUCAUCGUAGAAACUCUGUGCCUUCUGUCGCUUGCCCUGUGCCCCCUACCUCCCCUCAACCCCCCCCCCCCCCCCCGCCCCACCAACCUUAUCACUCAACCAAACAAUCAGUAAGUAGAUCAAUCAAUCAGUCGUUUCUCAAUCGGAUUUGUAACAAUCAAACCAAAAGGAAAUCCCGCUGGAUUGGUUACCGGGUGUAGCCAGCAUUGGGCUCCUUGUCACCUUAACAAUUGUCUAGUGCCUGAAACAAGGAUGUAAAUGCAGCGUUUGCCACUAAUCAACAAAGCAUCCGCAACAGUUAGCGAAGCAGAGCCACACAGUACGAUCAGUGCAAAGAGCUGCCUACUGUUCUGUGCCCCCCUCAACUAGAUCGCUGCAGUCCAGAGCCAUCGAUGAGUGGAGUUUGGCCGGGUUACACUGUGACCACCAUGUCGCUGCUACAAUAGAUACACAUGGAGAAGCCUGCUAGCUGGCCAUUUUUUAGAUUGGUGGCAAAACAGCUAAAUUUUGCACUUUGUAUAUCCUGUUUCCUCUGUCAGCAGUCCGGUCAGUGAAUCAGUGAAGCUUCUUUAUUCAAAUUUCUCAUGUAAAAAUAUGCCUGAAGUUUGCACUUAACCACAAAGGUGUGUCACACAGGUCACUGUUGGCUGGCCUCAUUUGGCCUUUGAUGAAGUGAUGAGACAAAAUUGGACAAGGCCUACAAAACAAUUCACUUUACUGGAACUUUAAACUUUAACUUUGCCUGGCUCAGGUGUUGACCUAUCACAUGCUUUAUGAGCAUCUUAGAAAUCACAUUUACAUAGCUUCAAGCUUUCUCGAACCGUUUUUUCCCACUAAACCUUCACUUCCUGUCCUCAUAUAGAACAAUCCCUGACUCACUGUGCUGGUCAUCAUGAGCACGCAGUGUGUCCAGUAUCCACAUCAUUGGAUGAGCAGUUAAACCCCCAAAAGUUACACUUAUUUCUAAUUUCUAUAUGAGUUCACAGUGGAUCAACAAACGAGUCACACUUUAUAUCGCUCACGUGCAAUUUAUGACAUCAGUGUAGUAAGAUGCCAAACACUGUUGAUAGCACCAACAUGGCUGCCACUGGAGUUUGACAUGGACAAGCUCUCGUAACUGAUGGCUCUGCUGCACCCGUUCUCCUGUUAGAUGAAUGAUGACAAUGUAAUAAUCAGCUUCAGAGGCCUGCGCUCUUAAGUUCUUGAAUUGAGUUGUUUGUAAAUUUGUUUUUUAAAGAAGACUUUUUGUUGUUCUCUCAGAGAGUUGUAUUUUGUACUUAAAGCAGUCCAUGGUAUUCUCAGGGGUUAAAAAAAACUUUAAAAAAAGAAGAAAAGGUUAGAAAAAUUUAUCGAAAAAGCGACGUAAGACAUAGAUACAUAUAUAUAUACAUACAUAUUUUAUAUCGUAUACAGUAUAUAUAUAUAUAUAUAUAAAGUGAUGUGUGUAUGUCUAGAAACUUCCUUAUUUGGCAAGCUUCACUGUUUGAACUCCUACACAAUUACUACUGAGCAUGUUCCUCCUCUCAGUAUGACCACAUGACCAUCAGCCCUGGGUUCAAUAGUCUCAACCAAUAAUUAAUGCUCAGUUUGUUUGAGUUGCCAGCUGAGUGGGACAGAUCAGAUCAGAUUGGCUUGGUGGUCAACUACCAGAAAGAUCUUUCUUGUCAUUCUCUCCAGACCCUACCUGUCUGGUUCCAAAUUUGGGUGAAAUAAAGCAUCGCAAGUAAUUUUUAAGGGCUGCUUGACCCAGGCCUGAUGAACAGACACUUAAAUAGAGGUGCAAGUCCAAUCUACUUCCUCUGUUUUGUUUUCUGUACCGACAGCUUCUAACCCGUCUUCUGAAGUGACCACGCCAAAGAACAGAUCUGUGUAUCAAGGCAGCAUAUUUACAGCUUAUCUACACAAACACACAUACACAUGCUCUGUCUCUGGUUUUCAAGAUGACGAAUGUGAGAUAAGGAUGACUCUGCCAGUGCUGUCCAGGUCAGCUCGGUUUAAUCCACGUCUCAGCCUGGUUCCACCCAGCUCCAUGGGGUUCAGUCAAAUGUGCUGUGGUGUUAUGUGACCUCCUCCACUGCAGGGGGCGCUGUUAAUUCUACCACCAGUAAACCCAAUAUGGAUCAUUCACAGGGGGGCUUCACAUAGGAAAAGCCUGUUGCCACAGUAAUGGACAGGCAAUGGUUGUUAAACGCAGACUCACACAUAUUAACCCCCAUCAGAAAAAGCCAAAUGCUGCUGAACUGAACACACAACAUACAUCUCUCUCUCUCUCUCUCUUUCACACACACACACACACACACACACACACACACACACACACUAGAGCUGGUAUAACAGGGUUAAAAUAUACAAGAUGACUAGUUUUUUAUGUAUAUGUGGUCCUGACUGCAUCAGGAAGUACUACUCAGAGUGAAACGCCCCCUAACAGCAGGAGAGUAUUAUUACAGGUGACAUCGCAGCAUGUCUGUCUCCUUUGUCCUUCAGGUGUAGCCAUCGUAGAAGAUUCACAUCAUUAGUCCUCCACGUUUGUCUCUUUUUCGUCAUAGAGAGGCAAAGUCUGGAAAAACCCUCUUGUCAAAGGCAGGGGUGAGAGGUGGAGGAAUUUGGACUUCUACGUUGGCUACCGUUAUUACAACCCACAUGGAAAAUGACCACAACAACACAUACGACAACAAUAACUGCAACAAAGCUUGUGUUUUGAAGCGAGGACGUGGUGAAGUACCAUUACGGCCCACAGAAUCCUCCACCGGGUGGUUGGUGGUUGUCACCAUACAUGUGUUGCAAAGACAGAAAAAUGUAAUCUUGGUUUCAAUAUUUAAUGUUCAGAGUAGCCUGACUUUGUAGACAGUGGUUUUAAACAAGGCCUCGCAUUUACGGCCUUAACAUGUAGUAGCAAAUACUAAGGCUGCACAGCGCUGGCAGGAAAAAAAAAAAAAAAAAAAAAAAACUUUUUUGGGCUGAAUUUCCUCUAGUUACGUGAACUGCUGUUUCUAAAGAUUCUCUCCUGUUUGUAAGUCAGAUUUUAACCCACGAACAGCACCGUAGUACCUUGUCAGGCAAAUUGUAUCUUAGAUUUUUUUUUUUCCCCUUGAUGCUGUGCAGCCUUGGCAUACACAAACUGGUUAUUAUUCUAUAUUUACAGUGUGGCUUCAAUGCCCUCUCCUUCCGCUUUGUAGAAACUGUAGACUGGAGUCUUUUGCAGGUUCUUUUUAUCAAUAUCCACUAGAAUACAACUUCAAAGCAUCACUGUCCUCUGUGUGGUACAUUGGUGUGGGUGUUGGCUCGCAGCCCAAAAUGUGCUCUGAUGAUCUUUGAAUUUUGCAACUCCUGUCAGGUCGGAUAUCCGCAUGAUAUGAGAUCCAGAUUAGAUUUUUUUUUGUUUGUUUCUUUCUUCUCUGGGUUUAAUUUGGAAUAUCAGUCAUGGCAUUUAAAAUUGUCAGAGUGAAAUAUCAGUGUCAGUAUCGGCAGCUCUGGCGGAAUAUUGGAGGUUAUGUUCCUUUGUGCAAGCCCACCAUUUAGAGUGCAUGGUUAAGAUGUUUUGCACAAUGGAUAAAUGUACAACCAUGCAGUUUUGUCAGUGGUGAGCUGCUGCAUGUGUGAGAGCAAAUCCCUCUCCCCCCGGAGUUGGCAUGAAUGCUACGCCACAGAAAUAAGCUGGUGGGCAUCAUGUAAUGGCAGGUCAGAAACACACCUACACACAAUGAUGCAUUCCACCUAGAUUUCUUCUGAAAAGCUGGUUAAAGGCCAACACUGAUUGCUGCAGGCAAUUGGAACCACUCCUAUAAUUCGCACAGCUGCUGUGUACUGUGCUGACACAGUUGUAAAACCCCUUGGAAAGACAUCACUGCACCAGCAGGGCUGGGUUCCUCAGAACUUCCUCAGCUGAGCAAAGAUCAUGUUUAAAGCUUUUUAUUAGCAGGGAGGCGGGUUAGGAUCAUCCAGCUACAAAGCGCUGGUAAAUUUUGUUGUA